AUGGCCAUGUUUGAUUCCAUCUUCAACAAAGGUUUUAAGGCUGCCAAAUGUAAAACUCUGCUGAAACUGACAAUUCCGCGAAUAAAGCUUUUAAGAAACAGAAGAGAGAUUCAGUUGAAGAAUAUGCGGCGCGACAUUGCCAAGCUACUUGAGACUGGCCAAGAAGCAACAGCUCGUAUUAGGGUAGAACAUAUUAUCAGAGAGGAGAAUAUGAUGGCUGCUCAAGAAAUCAUUGAACUAUUUUGCGAACUUAUUGCUGUUCGUCUUCCUAUAAUUGAAUCUCAAAGGGAAUGUCCCCUUGACUUGAAGGAAGCCAUAUCUAGUGUGUGUUUUGCUGCUCCAAGGUGUGCCGAUCUGCCAGAGUUGUUGCAGGUUCAGAUGCUAUUUGCUGCCAAAUAUGGGAAGGAAUUUAUAUCUGCUGCAACUGAGCUCAGGCCAGACUGUGGGGUUAAUCGCCAGUUAAUAGAGCUACUUUCAAUUCGUGCUCCUUCACCAGAAAAGAAACUGAACCUUCUGAAAGAAAUUGCUGUUGAACAUGAUUUAGAAUGGGACCCAGCAGCUUCAGAAACUGAGUUCUUUAAAAAACAUGAAGAUUUAUUGAAUGGCCCCACUCAAUUCUUUAGUGGGUCUAAGUUGCCCCUUCCUGAUGAAAAACCCCACGAAGAGAUGUACUCUACUCAUGAAACAACCAAUAAGGAAGAACCUGAUUCUGAUUCUGGCUCUGAUAUAUUAGAAUUUCCUGAAGUUCCCAAGGUAUCUGUCCGGCCAAACGCAAAUGUUGCCACAGCUCCAGAAGUGGUUACACAUCUUACUAUGGAACCCCUUGAUGUUGAUCUUGAUUCAUCAAGCAAUUCUGGAGAUUUUGAAGAUAUCAAGCAGGAGCAAGUUGAAGAUAGAUCAACAGUUCACAAAGAUGAAACACAUACUUCAAUUGGCAAAGAGAAUAUACAGUUUGUGCCAUUCAUCUCCCCUCCAGCAGUAUCAUCUGGAUCAUUUUCUGCAAGACCUAGUGACUCAUCUCCCACCUUGUCAAGCUCAAAAUGUGAACCCCAUGUGGACUUACAAGAUGUGUUGGCUGCUGCCCAUGCUGCUGCAGAAACUGCUGAACGAGCAGCCCUCGCAGCUCGCACAGCUGCUAGUCUUGCUCAAGUCCGAAUUAAUGAGCUGACUAAGAGGAAAAGUAAUGAACAUGUAUCUGACAGCAGCUCUGAGAACCCGUUUUAUGCUGGUGGUGAUAAUGAAUCUCCAACAAUAGAAAAGCAUUUGAACGAGCAAAAUCCUGCAGGUAACUCUGAUGUCCAUAAUAGAAAAGAUCUUGAACAUUACCAGGAUCAUUAUACUUCCCCAGGCUCUCAUUCGUCAAGUUUUCCAUCCUUUGACACACUCAAGGAAGAUUUUGAUUCCUCCCUGCCAAAUAAUCAUUUACUGAAUGGCAACUCCUCUAGUCACCAACCCAAGAGAUUAACUUCAAUGGACGACGACUCAUACUUCUCAUACCCCAACUUAUUUACCUCUCAAAACUCAAAUGUUGGAUCUCAGACUCAUUCAGAUAACAGCCGUUCUCCACAUGAUCUGUGA